AUGAAUCCACCGGGGUCCCCAGGGGUCCUGGAGCAGAAUGUGGACGAGCACUUGACCACCCCGAUGCUCGGGCCCUCGGUACAUUCUGAUAACCCUCAGGAGCGGAUCCAGGCCCGGCGCCUCCGCAUUGCCGCGCGCCUGGAAGCCCGGAGGCGGGAAGCACUUGGAGAAUAUUUAGAUGGGAAGAAGGAGAGUGAGGAAGAUCAAAGCAAGAGCCACAAACAGAAAGAAGAAAGCAGAUUGAAAUUGGCUAAACUGCUGCUCUGUGGCACGGAAUUUGUGACAAAUAUCCAAGUGGCUACAGAUAUCAGAGAGAUCCACAGGAGAGUUGAAGAAGAGGAGAUAAAGCGUCAGAGAAUUGAGAAACUGGAGAAUGAGGUUAAGACCAGCCAGGACAAAUUUGAUGAAAUCACUGCAAAGUGGGAGGAGGGCAAACAGAAGAGUAUUCCCCAGGACCUGUGGGACGUGCUCAACACUCAGCAGCUGCACUGUGCUGGGCUGAUAGAAGACAAAAACAAGCUUAUCAGCGAGUUACAGCAGGAGUUAAAAACAAAGGAUGACCAGUAUGUGAAGGAUUUGAAGAAACAGUCAGAUGACAUCUGCCUGCUUCUGGAGAGGAUGGAGGAACAAGUGAAGAAUGUAACGAAAAGCUUCCGUCAGGAGCUCCAUCACAUUGAGAAAGCAUUUGAGGUGGAACGACAAGAGCUACUGACCAGUAAUAAGAAGAAAUGGGAGCGGGCACUGCAGGCCCACAAUGCCAAAGAGCUGGAGUAUCUUAUCAACCGCAUUAAGAAAGCAGACGAGUAUGAGAAGCAGCUGAACAAGCAGAGGAUCUGGGAUUGUGAAGAGUACAACAUGAUUAAGAUCAAGCUGGAGCAGGAUGUGCAGAUUCUCGAGCAACAGCUUCAGCAUAUGAAAGCAACUUAUCAGCUAAACCAAGAGAAGUUAGAGUACAACUUCCAGGUGCUGAAGAAGAGAGAUGAGGAAAGCACAGUGAUUAAAUCCCAGCAGAAGAGGAAGAUCAAUCGCCUGCACGACAUACUCAACAAUCUGAGAUCAAAAUAUGCCAAGCAGAUAAAACAGUUUCAGGAGGAGAACCAGUCUCUAACCUCAGACUACAAGCGUCUUGUGAUGCAAUUCAAAGAGCUACAGAAAGCCAUGAGGCACUUUGCUCUUAUUGAUGAUGAGAAGUUUCGGGAGAUUUGGCUGAUGAAUGAAGAGGAAGCAAAGGAUCUCAUAGGCAGAGCCCUCGAUGUAGACAGGAUCAUCCAUACUCAUCAUCUGGGACUCCCCUGGACGGCGCCUGACUUCUGGUUCCUGAAGAAUGUGGGGCCGAUUUCUCAGCAGCAGCGGAAGUCCGCCACGCAAAUAGUAGAAGAAGUGCUGAUGCAAACAGAAGAGGAGGGGGUAGAAGAGGCUGCCUCAGAAUCAGAAUCUUACCUGGACCUGCCAAAGCAAGUUUCAGCAAAAACUACCAGAAAGAUCCUGAUGCUCCUGUGUGAUGAGUCGGGUUUCCUCAUAGAGAACAAGCUGCUGAGCCUGCUCCUUCCCCUGGAGAAGAGCGAGUGCUACCUGCUGAGGCUGGAUGCCAUCUUCUCAGCCCUCGGAAUUGAAAGUGAGGAUGACUUGUAUAAGCUGGUGAACUUCUUCCUUAAAUACCGAGCUCAUCUUUCAUCCUCCAGCCAGAUCACCACUGGGAAUCCAGCAACUGUGGAGAAGACAAGCUUGGUGUUGGCGUUGGAGCUGGCAGCACAGACAGAGCUGGAGGGAGGAAAGGAGGAAAGCCUCAUGGAUGGGGAGCCGGAGGAGGAGGGGGAGCCGGAGGAGAAGGUGGAGCAGGAAAAAGAGAUCCCACCUUCUCCCAGGCUCAUCCACCCCAAUGACGUCCUCAAGAUUCUGGAGGCCUUUGUCAAGGGUCUGAAGAAGCCCAGGGAGUUUCGGGCACCACUGAGAGUGCUGAAGGGCGUGCGAGAUGACUCAAAGGACUCUGAGUACUGGAAGGCCCUGACCACGGUUAUCCCCUCUGCCAAGCAGAGCCUCUGGGAUGCUCUCUACACAGCCUUGGAGAAGUACCACCAUGUCCUGACCCAGAGGGCCAAUCUGCUGAUGGAAAACGAGUCUCUGGAGCAGCAGAACACAGAGCUCCAGAUGCUGCUGCAGCAGUAUCUGGACUCCAAGAUAAACUCUGAACUGCAAGUUCCUCCAACUCAGGUGUUCCGGGUCCCCACAAAACAGAGCCGGACCCUAGAAAGCUGA